CUCGAGUCCCAAGAAACGCAUAAACAUCCGAAAAAUGUUUCUUUCUUUAGCAUCAUCAGUGCCACUAGUGACUGUGUCUCUUCUAUCAUCACCGACUCCGCCUCCAACGUCCAACGGUCACUUCCUUCCUCCUCGCCCCGCCAAGUGUCCAUCGUCUCCUCCACUGCGACGCCGUUUCGUUCCCCUUCCUUCCCAUCAUCCCAGAACCUUGCACACACGACCCCUUAUCUCUUCCUCUUCCUCCGCCAUGUCCCUCGAGGAGUCCACUUCUAGUACUCCCAAGCUGCGGGAUAGUUUGUUAUACUCGAGAGCAUACUGGGUUUCUAAAUCCACAAUUGCCUGGAAUGUGGAUGUUGGAGAUGGCUCCUGCUACUUAUUCGCUAGUAAAACCGCUGCUUUAUCUUUUACAGAUGGUGCAGUUCAAGGCGAGGAUGUGAAAAUUAAGCUUGAAGAGGACAGUGGCGGGAUUCCAGCAAAUGUGAUCAAGAAGUUUCCUCAUAUCAGAGAUUACAGAGCUUUCAAAGUGCCUCCUGCUUUGGAUGCCAAACCUCUCCUCAAAUGCCAGUUAGCAGUUGCUACUCUCAAUUCUGAUGGGAAAUGCACAAAUGCUACUGGUUUGCAGUUACCUGGUGUCCUUGAUGAAUUAUUCUCAUAUAAUGGUCCGCUUGGUGCAGUUUACUCAGAAGAAUCUGUGUCACUUUACCUCUGGGCUCCUACUGCUCAAGCGGUACAUGCUUGCAUUUAUAGGGAUCCGUCAGGUGGGGAUCCCCUGGAAAUCAUACAGCUUGAGGAGGUUAAUGGUGCUUGGAGUACUAAAGGACCAAAAAGAUGGGAAGGCUAUUAUUAUGUCUAUGAAGUAUCUGUGUACCAUCCUAGCACCUUACGAAUUGAGAAAUGCUAUGCAAAUGAUCCAUAUGCUAGAGGGCUCUCAUCAGAUGGCAGGCGGACAUUUUUGGUCAACCUUGAUUCUGAUACAGUAAAACCUGAAGGAUGGGACAAUUUGGCAAAUGAGAAAUCUGAUAUACUUUCUUUCUCUGACAUAAGUAUAUAUGAAUUGCAUAUAAGGGACUUCAGUGCCAAUGACCAUACUGUGCAUCCUGAACUUCGUGGUGGUUAUCUGGCCUUCACUUUGCAGGAUUCAUCAGGUGUGCUCCAUCUGAAGAAAUUAUCAAAUUCUGGUAUCACUCAUAUCCAUCUAUUGCCAACCUUCCAAUUUGCUGGUGUUGAUGAUGAGAGGGAGAACUGGAAGUCUGUGGAUACCAAGAUGCUGGAAAAAUUACCACCUGAUUCAAUUGAGCAACAAGCUCUAAUUACUGCAAUCCAAGAUGAUGAUGGGUAUAACUGGGGGUACAAUCCUGUUCUUUGGGGGGUCCCCAAAGGAAGUUAUGCAAGUAACCCAAACGGUCCAGGGCGUAUAAUUGAGUUUAGAAAGAUGAUUCAAGCGCUUAACCGUAUUGGCCUUCGCGUUGUAUUGGAUGUUGUCUACAGUCACUUGCAUGGAAACGGGCCCUUUGAUGAGAAUUCUGUCCUUGAUAAGAUUGUUCCAGGUUACUAUCUGAGAAGGAACACUGAUGGCUUUAUUGAGAACAGUACAUGCGUGAAUAACACUGCCAGUGAGCAUGUUAUGGUUGAACGUCUGAUUCUUGAUGAUCUUCUUCACUGGGCAAUCGAUCAUAAGGUUGAUGGGUUCCGGUUUGACCUCAUGGGUCAUAUAAUGAAAAGUACAAUGGUGAAAGCAAAGGAUGCACUCCACAGCCUAACAAAGGAAAGGAAUGGGGUUGAUGGUUCAAGUAUAUAUAUAUAUGGUGAAGGAUGGGACUUUGGUGAAGUUGCCAAAAAUGGCCGUGGGGUAAAUGCAUCGCAGUUUAAUCUUUGUGGAACUGGAAUUGGGAGCUUUAACGAUCGAAUUCGGGAUGCAAUGCUUGGUGGAUCUCCAUUUGGUCAUCCUCUUCAGCAAGGAUUUGUGACCGGUCUGUUGUUGCAGCCUAAUGGACAUGAUCAUGGUACAGAAGCUGUUGCAGAACGCAUGCUUGCUGUGGCAAAGGAUCACAUCGAGGUAGGCAUGGCUGCAAACUUGAGGGAUUUUGUGCUAACUAAUUGUGAUGGAAAAGAGGUAAAAGGAUCAGAAGUAUUAACUUAUGACGGGGCAUCUGUUGCAUUUGCCUUGAGUCCCACGGAAACAGUUAAUUAUGUUUCUGCUCAUGACAAUGAGACCCUAUUUGACAUUGUGAAUUUGAAGACUCCGAUAGAAAUUUCUGUAGACGAGAGAUGCAGGAUAAAUCAUUUGGCAACAAGUGUAAUGGCACUGUCACAGGGAAUACCAUUUUUCCACUCUGGUGAUGAGAUGCUUCGCUCAAAAUCCCUUGAUCGUGAUUCGUACAAUUCUGGUGAUUGGUUCAACAGGCUUGAUUUUACUUAUAAUUCUAACAAUUGGGGUGUUGGCCUUCCUCCAAAAGGGAAAAAUGAGAAGAACUGGCCACUAAUUAAACCAAGAUUGGCAGAUCCCUCCUUCAAUCCUCAGCGAAGUCACAUUCUUGCUGCUGUGGAUAAUUUUUCAAACCUGUUGUGUAUAAGAUACUCUUCACCACUUUUCCGUUUGACGACAGCAAAUGCUAUCCAGGAAAGGGUACGUUUCCACAAUACUGGACCAUCAUGGGUCCCCGGUGUGAUAGUGAUGAGCAUUGAAGAUGGUCAUGAAGGUGUCCCGGGGUUAUCUCAACUGGAUCCCACUUAUUCAUACAUUGUGGUUGUCAUCAAUACAUGUCCAACUGAGGUGUUAUUUGCUUCCCCUACACUGCGUGCAAGAACUCUUAAAUUGCAUCCUGUUCAGGUUAUGUCAACUGAUGAACUAGUUAAGAGCUCAACAUAUGAACCAUCCUCUGGGUGCUUUACUGUGCCCCCGAGGACAACAGCUGUGUUUGUUGAGCCUCGAGAGGUUUGAGCAGCUAUGCUGUCAGACGUGGUUGUUCACCAUGCAUAUUUCAUCUUGGAGGAAGGUUGGUGCCAUCAUCAGCCUGUAAUCUGGUGAGACUUUCCAGCUAAAGGUACACCGAUUCUCAUCUAUCAAGAGUUCAUUGUAACUUCAACGCCACCAAACUUGAGAUGAAUAUGAAAAUUUGUACUCUUAUUUAGAUCUGUUCUCAAGGAGAGUGAAGCAUCCCGAGCAAUGUUUUGGUUGCACUUAUGGAAUCUUUGUCUUUCAA